CGACCACGUUUUGACAGCUGCAGAUUUAAUAUUUCUCCCUUUUUUUGGAUAGUGAUAAGCAAGCCAUGAGUACCCAGAGAGGCAACAAUAACAAAACACGCAGGCAGAAACAUCAAAACAAGACUGCCUUCAAAAACAAUCUCCAUGACACGAGCGGAAAGACGAAGAAGAUCAACAGCGUGGUGGUGGCGGGUGUUUGUCAGCACUGUAAAGAUAUCAUCGACUGGAAAAUCAAAUACAAGAAGUAUAAGUUAUUGUCGCAACCUAGGACAUGCAUAAAAUGUCUGCAGAAGACUGUGAAGCAGGCGUACUACACCAUCUGUGUACCAUGUGCACAGGCCCAGUCCAUGUGUCAAAAGUGUGGGGAACAGAAAGACAUUGUGCUGCAGCCAUCAUUAUCAGCUUCGGAUGAGGCGUCCAGAGAUGCCAUGUUACAGUUUGAAUUAAAACAACUCACAGAAAGACAGAGGCGCUCUUUCUUCCGGCUCCAGGCCUCAGGGAAGUUGACAAACAAUGCUCUCGAGUCAGCGGUAGGAGAGCAAGACAACCAUACAGAGAGUUCCCACAACAACAGUGAUGAUGAAGCUAGCCCCUCCCAUGGUAAUGGCUGUCAUGGUGGAGGUGAUGUUCAUCAUGCUCAGAGUGAAGAAAGUUCUGAUGGAGACUUCUCUGAUAGAUGCCAUGACGACAGCUUGUGCAACAGUGAUGAAGACGGUUGUGAUAAUGUUUGUUCUUAUAGCGUCUGUCCAGACGACAGUGGGAAGGACAGUACAAAGGCAGUGUUAAGAUAAAUAGAUUUGUGAUGGAUAGGACUGAAAUAUAAAUAAAUUUAGUACUCCACGAAUUACAGAGGACAUUAAAUAUUUUACCAGUGGAGUGGUCUUCUGGGAUCACGACAGGCUCAUGUGACUGAAGUGUUUGUCUUGUCGAAUCAGAUUAGCCCCUGACCAGUGAAAAUGAGGACGAUUCCAGCUUUACCUUGUUCAUCUUCCCCUCCAAGUCAGGAGAUUUGUCAAGUAUUAUGGUUAUUAAAGAAUACAUGUAUAUGAAACCAUUUAUUAUUUCUUCAAAUACAGUUAAGAAUGUGUCCUUACUUUUAAAAGUACUGGUACAAAAAAUGGUUGUAACUGGUAUAACCUACAGUUUUUUAAGGCAUCAAUGGUCAAUUUGGAAAAUCGGUAGCCUUGAGUGUUGAUGUCAAUGGUGAUAGUUGUCAAAACUACCCUGUCAUGGAAAACACAUAUAAAUUACAUGGGCUAUCAAGAAACAUA